AUGGCCGCUCCAAAGGAAGCUACCGUCCAUAACCUGACGGGCAAGUGGACUAUGGAUAGUACCCUCUCCGACAGCACCGACGCAAUUUUACAACUUCAAGGAAUUUCAUGGUUCACCCGCAAAGCCAUCGGCCUUGCCACGAUCACUCUGCAUAUCAAAGAAUACACGGAAGAAGGCAUUAUCCAUAUUGACAUUGCCCAAACUCUGACUGGCGGAAUUUCUGGAACAACUGAAAAGCGUGAGCUCGGCUGGAACAUUAGAGAGCACACUGAUCACAUCUUCGGAUCUGUCAAGGGGCAGACUCGCUUCGUUGCCGCCAAGAAGGAUGGCCCCAAGACUGUCCCUGCUCUCGAGAUCAUGACCAAGGUCGGCAAGGAGGAAGAGGAUGCUACUGUCGCCAAGUUCUUCAACGGAGAUGUUCUGGCUGACGGAUCUGGGUCUGAUGGCUGGGUCGUUGACGAAAGCGAGGGCGACGAGCCAUUCGUGCAGAGCUGGGUUGAGAGCGUCGAUAACGGCUGGACUGCAGAGCAGGUCUGGGGCUUUGAAAUUAUUAACGGCGCACGAUAUUAUACCCGCCGCAUUGCUGUUGCCAAGGGUGGUGUCUGCAACAGGGUCAGACUGGUCUACACUUACCUCGGCCAGGAAGAAUAA